CAAGAGUGACGUGCGGUUAUUUGUCAUUAUUGCCCCUCAUAUAUCCCAAAGCAUUUCUUGUCUGUUACCCGUUCUCUAAAUUUGCAUUGUUAUGGCAGUGGACACGCUUUUGAAUAUAAGCGCGGUAUGUGUUGCAUUGUAUGCGGACAGUUACCUCAGUGAUUUCAUGGCUUUACCUGCGUCCCUAAAAGACAAGUUGUUACGAAUUAUGUCAUUAAAGGGCAUGUUGACCGACCUAAACAUCAGUCAGCUGUUGCAUUCUGGGACACACACUCUGGACAUGAUGAACUGCAUAGUGUCUGACUCAGCCCUACAACAGAUCCACUGUCCACAGCUCCGGAGGAUCCUUCUCCGGGGAAACCUCUGCAUUACCUCAGAGGGUAUGAGAGCUCUAGCAGCCUCCUGUCCACGACUGCAAGUGGUAGACCUUACUGGGUGUACUGCAGUGACGGAUGAGGGUGUCCUGGCUUUGGCACAUGGCUGCAGCUCCCUGGAGGUCCUCUCCCUAUGGGGUUGCUCUGAUGUGGGAGACAGAGCCCUUUUGGAGCUUUUAGGGAACUGUAGUUUUCUGCAUACCCUCAACCUCUCCGGAACCCAGGUUACAGAUGAGGGUGUUAUUGGGCUAGCAACUGCACAGUGCUCUAACAGUAUAAAGGAACUCCAGUUGGCCCGAUGUCGUAACCUGACGGACAAGGCUGUGAAGGCUGUCCUCACAAACUGCCCAAACAUCCAGAUUUUCAUAUUUACAGGAUGUCCCCUCAUCACUGAUCAAGAGGCACUGCAGAACCUUUUAAGCCCUGUAAAGUUACAACAUGUAUCAUGGACAGUGUACUGAGGGCGAAGUUACAUGUAGAUGCCGACCUAGGAACAGAUUAUCCUGACCUUAUCCGUUACAUGAAAACCAUAUCUGCCCUCUAUCCAGAAUUCCUGAACAAUGUUUGGACCUACUUCAGAGGAGCACAGAAGCAGAUAACAACUGUGAUGGAAAUGGAAUUAGAAAAUGUUCAAACAGUAUAAAUGAG